CCCCCCAGCCCCAGCCGCUGAGGAGAUUUCUGCCCCCCGCGCCGCCAUGAAGAGGAAAUUCUACCAGUUAGAAGAAGAGGGGGACCCCUCCUCUUGCUCCUCCUCCUCCUCGCCGCCUUCCUGCUCCUCCACGUCCUCCACUUCCCCUCCCUGGGGGUCUGACGAGGAGCCGUGGGUUCGGGGACCCCAGCCCGGACAGGAUUCGUGCAGCCCCAAAAGUUUUACCCCCCUUUCCAUCCUCAGACGCACUGCCCACCGCCGCGCGGGCCGCGUGGCCUUCGAGGGCGUCACCGUCUUCUACUUCCCCCGGUGCCAGGGCUUCACCAGCGUCCCCCGACGGGGUGGCUGCACGCUGGGCAUGGCACCCCAACACACCACCACCCGCCGCUUCUCCUUGGCCGAGUUCACCCUGGAGCAGGCCCGGAUCCGCCGGGAGAGGCUACGCCAGAGGCUGCGGGAGGAAAACGUGGAGGCCCAGAGGCAGAAGCUGUUGGCAGCCGGCCUGCUGGAGGAAGACUCGAACCCACAGCCCAUGGUGGAUGAGGCGUCAGUAGAGGAAGCCCUGGAGGCGGCCGUGGCCCGGGGCGGCCUGGAGGACGAUUCAUUCCUGCAGCCCUGUCCCGCCCGGCAGCGCAGGGCCUUGCUCCGGGCCUCCGGUGUCCGCCGGAUCGACCGGGACGAAAGGCGGGAACUACGGGCCCUGCGCCGCGCCCGCGAAGAUUGCGGCUGCCGCUGUACCCACGCCUGUGAUCCCCGCACCUGUAGCUGCAGCCUGGCUGGCAUCCCGUGCCAGAUGGACCACACGUCAUUCCCCUGCGGCUGCGCUCGCGAGAGCUGCGCCAACCCCGAGGGCCGCGUGGAGUUCAACCAGGCCCGAGUCCACACGCACUUCGUGCGCACCCUCGCCCGGCUGCAGCUGGAGCAUGCCACCGCCACCGGCGAUCUGGGAGAAACUGAGGCACCCGAUGGCGGCCACCCCCCGGGCCUGGGAGAGCAGGCCCUUCUCCCCUCAUUCCUGGGGGGCAGCAGCAGCAGCGAGUCGGAGCAGGACAGCCGUAGCAGCGACAUGACAGGUUCCUCCACCGCCUCGUCUUCCUCGUCCAGUUUGGGGGAGACGCAGGGAGAUGACCCUGCGCCCCCCUUCCAGCCCUGUGAGCUGUGGGGUGAGGAGGAGGAGGAGGAGGAGGCCGCCAGCAGAGACCCUCUGGAUCACCUCAGCUGCUUCCAUUUCAACGACGUCUUCGGCGCGGCCCAUUGGCCCCAGAGCUUCGCGAGUUCGAAUCUCCCCUCGGGGAUCUGGGAUGAGAAUGCCAACCUGGAUGCGGACAGCACCCCCGGGGCUCCCCCGGCCCAGCCGGGCUGUGACUCACUCGCCUGGCUCCAGGCCCUGCCUGACUACAGCCUGGGGCCCCGGUACCCGGCCCCCCACACCCCCCCAGAUGGCCCCACGCCUGGGGACCUGAGCCCCGGCUUCCUGGAUUCCCUCCUGGGCCUCUCCGAUCCGGCCACGGCAGCCACGGAGCCCACCCUGCCCUUCGAUCACGGGGCCACCUCCCUCGUGGAGCCCGCACCCCUGUGAUGCACCAUCGGGGGGCCCCCCCCCCAGCCCAGCGCCCCACCUCCCAGAGCCCCACUGCUGCUGGAUUUUGUGGUUUGGGGGCCCCCAGUCCCCCAACAAGGAGCUGUGUCCUCGACCGGCCUAGCCACCCGUGUCCCGUUUCUGUGUCUGUUUUACAUUGUCUUAUUUAUUUGGUCUUUUUCUCCUCCAGUCGAGUCCUGGGACUCGAACUCAGGGCCCCUCCGAACUCCAGGCUGGCGCUCAACCACUGGGAGCUACCUUAGGGCGCCACUUCUCCCCCGCUUCCUGGUGGCUCCUUGGGGACUUUCCCCAGCCCCUGGGCUGCUGGCUUGGAACCACGAUCCUCCGGAUCUCAAGCCUCCCGAGGAGGAGCCGGGAUUACAGGCGUGAGCAGCGGUGCCCCGCCCAGCCCUGGCCUUUCUCCAAGGGCCUUAUUCAUAAAUCCUGGCCCAUCUCUGGUGGAGGAGAGAAGGAAAGGGGGGCCUGGGGGGAGGAGGGGGAGAGCAAGGGACUUGUACCUGUCUCGUCUUAACUUGGGGCACGAUCUGAACAGCACCCCAGGCCCCCCCCACCUCCUGUUGGUUUUGGGGUAACUCUUCAGGGCUUUCUUAUUUCAUUUUGGAUGUUAUUUGUCUUGGUUUUCCUUUGCUCCCGUUUUGAUGUGGUUUUUCAUCUAGUGACAUGUCAGGAAUCCUUAAUUUAUUCAGCGCUCUGUGGACCUGUGCCAAGAAACUCUCGCGUGCUCCAGGGCGGGGCCUGGGCAGCCUGCGUCUCAUGGGACACAAUAAAAAUGAAUUAAAAUCA